UAUGCCAUGGAGCUGCAGGGUUGCAAGCUCAUUUCAUUGCCGAAAAAGGCAGAAUGGAUCGACGAUGGUGACGCUGUCUCAUCAGUUUUCCACUGCUAUUAUUGUUGUCGCACCUGUUCCUUUUGCAGCGAACCACAUCAUGAACCUCUCGGCUCUUGUCAUUUCUGCACUUCCUCUCCUCGGUUCCGCCUCGGGCAAAUGGGAGAUUUUGCCCAGGGAUCAACUCAUUAUUGAUAAUGAUUUCCCACUUAGAGGGUUCAUGACUUUCGCUUUCUCUUAUCAGAACGACAUAGAAAACCUUGUUGCAGAGGCGUUUCCCAUUGAGGAGUGCGGCAAUCCUGAGGCUGAGCCUCUGUCUUCCAGCGUUGUGGACGUUCGGAUUUUGGAGGAUUGCGCGAUUUUUUAUGGGCCACCCGACCAGUUGAGUCUUGUAACUUCAAGUGACAAUGAACCUCCAAGGUGCCCGGAAGAUCCAGAUCAAAAUUAUGAUAUUGGUAAGAACUAGUCGUGUUGUAAGGGGAUUCGAAAGAGUUUAGUAUACAAUGCCAGUUUUUGCUUACCGCGGCUUUGCCCUUGAUUUCUUUCUUUUUGGGUUUACAACGGACAGGGGUGGUUGAAUUUGUCAUACCAGAUGUUCAAAGCGAGGUCAUUUUUGACUCACCAUUUUCAGAUCUGUUGCCGGGUCUUUCGCGAUGUCAUCCUGAUCAGCCAGAACAUCUCCAGUGCCAAGAAUACGGCGAAACGUGCGGUCGCCCUGACUGCCAUGAACUAGAUGAAGAACUUUCUGAAAAAGAUGAAUUCUGUACGUAUCCAAGUGGUGUGCUGAUGGCUUUCGUACUGGUUCCGCUCUGUAGCUCAUACCUUUCGAUUGUUUUCUUUUCAAAUGCAGGUUUGAGGGUUUCCUACCCAAUGAGUAAUGCAGACGCAGACAACCACAACAAAUACCUCUCAUACCUUGAUCAACGUGUAACCAUUCAACACAACGGUGGGCAGGGUUAUGGAGUGUUCAACUUCAGGGCCUCUCUAGGGCAAGUCGAUACCUAUGGCGUAGUAGGUGAUUAUCAGACGGGCGUUGAGUUGUUUGGUUAUACCUGUGAUCACGCAGGGACCCCAGGACCCCCAGCACCCCAAGGAUUAAAGCUCGGACAGGACUUUACUUUGUGCAUGCCGAAAACUCAUCAAAGUGCAAACACAGGAGUGGCAGGAAUUACCACAGUUGAAGUCAUCAGAGACGUGAUGUGCGAGGGGCGAUCCCUUAUUGACUCGGAGGGGUCAAGUGCGGAUGGUGGGAUGUCUACUGUCAAGCUCGUAGGGGGGGAUAUGUGGAAGAUCCGAAGUGUUGUUGUUUCCAGAUACUUCCAGCGCGCACAAACCGAUCCAAACGGUAACAUGUUUUUUUCCUGCUCCGGUGGUGCAACCAUUUCGAUUCAAGGUAAUAUUCAAGGUAAUAACAAUCAAGGUAAUAACAAUCAAGAUUCUUGUCGCCUUCAGGAAGAGGAGGUUGAAAGCGGCAACUUUAACGUCAAGUUUUCCCUUGCUGUUCCCGAGGGCGGCCGUGCCGACGGGCUUGUGGCCUCUGGUGUUUUGCCCAGAGCCAGUGCCGUUACUACUGCGGCUGGUGUCAUGGCCAUUGCCGUCGCUCUGUUGUAAAACAGCUUGAUGGCGGCCUGACCUGGCUGUUGAAAUGUGAAAUGAAAAGAAAAGUGAAGUGCAUGUCUUGGAAGGCCCAAACAAGUUAAAUUGGGUGAGCGGCCCGACCCACCCGAGGCGCAAAACAAAAGAAAAAUUAGGAGAAAUAAAAUAAUCGUCGUGUCAGUUUAAAUAAAGGAUUACAUACCAGCCUUAUGAAGCAUGUACAGGUUCCUCAUUGAAGGUCCAGUUGUAAUUGUAACAAUAGGAAGCUAUGAAUAGUGCAAAAAAUGCAUCUCGAGAACACUUUUAGUUUUAGGUCCGGCAGGCACCACUACCGUGAAGUCCCAAUACGGUACCGUACGGUACGCCACGCACCAACGAAAACUACUACGAGUUUUGAUGUUUCGUUCGAGCGCAACAAUACAGUACCGGGGGUACGUUCGGUACGGUACCAUCACGAAUGGGAAUUGAUUCCAGUGAACGACCGACAGUGCUGGAUUUGGACUUCCUAGCAAAAGAUAAACUGGAUAGCAAGCCCGGAGUGGAAAUCUAUCGGUGAAGCAAAUCAUAAUACCGGCCCGGUACAUCAGCAAACGAAAAGCCGCAGUCACGGCACGGCACGGCACCGGCAACGGCACCGGCAACGGCACCCGCAAACGCAACGGCACCCGCAAACGCAACGGCACCCGCAAACGCAACGGCAACGGCAACCGCACCCAUUGCACGGAACGACAAGCGUGCUACGAGGACAACUCGGCGUCGAGAGAACCAGGCGGGAAGAGAAAGCCCUUCCCCGCGCCGCGAACCGGGAGGAUUUUCCUUGCAUCGCAUCGCCCCGCCUCGCCUCGCCUGCUCCGGGACACACGCUGCGGUACCGGACGGUGGCGCCGGUGCCUGGCCCGUGCCGGACGGUGCUGUCGCUUCGAACAAGACGCACGGCGCCAUCGUGUUGCCACGCCGUUUCGGUUCGAUCGCAAUCGCAGUGACAAUCGCGGAGGGGAACGGAAAUGGAAUCGAAAACGAAAACGCAACAACAACGACAACGACAACAGCAGCAGCAGCAGCAGCAUCUGCCGAGGAGAGGGCGCAAUCGUGGCAUUCGUUAUGAAACGACUUUUUUCUCAAACACACACACACACACACAAACACAACAAUCUUUGCAUUGUCUACCAAUAGUGCCCUCUCUGGAGGUCAUCAAUAGAUGUCUCUACUAUAA